AAUCACACACCAUCCUCCUUCCCCUUUCAUUCCCAUUUCGCCGGGCGCACGUGACUCGCCGUCGCUGCAACCUCUCCCCCCGGAUCUCCGAUCACGUGACUACCUUCCCCCCCUCCGAUCUCAAGUGAAUCCACAGCAACCUUUCUGAUUCCAAAUCUGAAUCGGAGCUCUCUCUCUCUCUCCGUCCAUGUCGGGAUUGACGGCGAGGAAUCGGACUGUGCUUUUCAAAAAGUACCGGGAUGAGUCGAGGACCGGCCGUCCUCCGUCGAGCUCGUCGGUCUCCACCAGCUCCGGCGGCCGAGGUCCGGUCAUCGAAUUGACAUCGCUUGUGAAUCAGAAUCGGUCCUAUGCUCCGCUCAGUACUGAAGAUCCCGGUAAUUCCAGUAGGGGUGCACUUACUGUUGGUCUACCGCCAGCAUGGGUGGAUGUAUCAGAAGAAAUAGCAGUAAAUCUGCAGCGGGCACGGGGAAAAAUGACUGAGCUGUCCAAGGCUCAUGCAAAGGCUUUACUGCCAAAAUUCGUAGAUGGUAGAGAUGAUCAACGUUUGAUUGAGAGUCUUACACAAGAAAUAACUGGAUUAAUAACGAGAUCUCAAAAGAGACUACAAAGACUUUCUGCAGCUGGGCCUUCAGAAGAUGCAAAUGUUAGAAAAAACGUGCAGGUAUCUCUUGCUACAGACCUUCAGAGCCUCUCUAAUGAGCUUCGUAAGAAACAAUCAAAUUAUUUGAAAUCCCUCAAACGGCAAAAUGAGGGACAAGAUGGGGUUGACCUUGAGAUGAACCUAAAUGGAAGUAGAUCAAGAAUGGACGGUGAUGAUGCUGAUGAAACAAUGUAUCAUGAGCGUGAGACGGCUCAGAUUAAGAAACAUGAAGCAUUCACAGCAGAGAGGGAAAGAGAAAUCCAUCAGGUUGUUGAAUCUGUGAAUGAGCUUGCUCAGAUCAUGAAGGAUCUAUCAGUUCUAGUGAUAGACCAGGGCACUAUCGUUGAUAGGAUAGACUACAACAUUCAGAAUGUUGCCAGUACAGUUGAGGACGGACUCAAACAAUUGCAAAAGGCUGAGAGAACACAGAAACAAGGAGGAAUGGUGAUGUGUGCUACAGUACUCGUAAUCAUGUGCGCUGUCAUGUUGGUUCUCCUAGUUCUCAAGGAGAUUAUUUUUUGAUCUGAGAGGACAGUCAGUUCCAGAUUUUGAUCACAUUCUGAUUUUCAUAACCUUUCCUUGAGAGACUUCGACGCGAGAAGUGAUGCUCUCCCCGGCAGAGGAGAGGGGUUUUGGUGUGCCCUAGGGAGAUAUACUGCAUUAUAAUUAUUAGUUUGUUGUAUCCUCUAUACGACUGGGUAUUAUUGAACAGAGGGAGGGGGAAGGGUGGUGAUUGGUUGGGGAAUGAAUGCCCUGAAAAUUGUAUAGAGCACAUAUUGUAACGUUGUUACUUGAGGAAGGGUGAUUACCGACAAAUAUAUGUUGAUUCUUUUCAUUUUCAUUUGUCCGGGAUAUUAGUCCUAUGGUUCUCCAGCGCCAUACACCAAGAUGAGGGGCUUGUAUUUGUGUCCUGAUGAAUUUACUCAUUCAAAUAAAACAGAUGAGGAGCUCUUAUUUGUUUCGCA